UGUUGGCCGUCAGCUGCACGAGACGCGCGGCAUCUGGUCUGAGAUGUGAAAGCUGUCAGCUACAGCUACAGCUAGCUCCGGUUCUACCUGAAAACACGUUUGAGUCCCUGGAUACGUAGGAGAAGUAGAGGGUUACUCAUGGUUACCGGGGUAACUUUAAACUCAGCGGUGUGAGAAGAGGCUCCGAGGCGGCUGGUGUCCUUCGUAACUCUGUGAAGUGAAUGGCCCAGGCAGGUAGAGAUGAGCUGGGCUGAGGAGGACUGGACGGUGGGACUCUCUGGACGGGUCCUGCAGAAGGUGAAGGAGCUGCAGAUCCAUCAGGAGCGACUGUCCAGAGAGAACAAGCAGAAGCAGCUGCAGCUGGACAACAUCCAUACCAACCUUGAGAAACAAACUGUGAAGUAUGAGGAGGUGCGUGGGGAGCUGCAAUCUGUUCAGAGGGAGCUCCAGAGCGUUCGGGAGGAGGCCAAGGCGGCCGUGACUGGCAGGGACCGGCUGACCCAGGACCUUCAGACCAAGCAGGCCCAAGUCUGCUCUUUGGAGGGCCAGCUGGAUGCUGCUCGUAGCCUCAGCAGCAAGCUGACCCAGGAAGUGAAGAGACUGGAGGCCGAGCUGGAGAAGCUUCAAAACAGCCGGGCAGCAGAUACCACUCUGUUUUCUACACCGUGCUGGAAUACAGCCUCGCCCUGGGAAAACAAUGGGAGCAGAAAUGAAGAGAAGACAGGGCAGCGAGAUGAAGGACAGAGCCGGGUGCUUCACAUUCGGCGCCUCCAGUUCUCCGACGUGCCCUCGGCUUCGUCGCCACAACAGCAGAAGGUCACGCCCCACCGCCACCCUUCCAACCAAUCGGAUGUCUUCUCCACUCCCUCGGCUGCGUUUCCAUGGGAACGGGAUGACUCCAGGCCGGCAGCCAGGAGGCGGCAACCGCCCUCUCCCCUGACGGCCUGCACGGACGGCGCAAAUCAAGCCCUACCAGAGCAAAGGGUUUGUGGGAAGGAUGAGGAGCAAAGGGCGGACACAGAGAGAUCCUUGUCGAAAAUGCGGAGUCACAUCUCGGCUCUGGAGGAGCAGCUGUCCACGAAGACGGGAACGCUGAAGGCCGUUCAGAAUGAAGUGGCGCAGAAGACGAAGGAGCUCGCUGCCAAGGAGCUCAGCCUGCAGAGAGCCCGGGACGAGCUGAGUCUGGCGCACACACGCAUGGCGCAGGACAGCGAACGGGUGUCAGGAGCUGAGCAGAAGCUGAAGCACCUGCAAGAGGAGCUCAAGUGUCAGAGGCAAAACGCCGAGAGCAGCCGAGUGCAACACCUGCAACGCACCAAGGAGCUGGAGAAACAACAUCAGAGAGAUCUGACAGAGCAGCAGAGGGAGAGGCAGAGUUUGGAGAAGCAGCAUCAGCAGGAGGUGAAUAAGCUCAACCAGGAGCUCCAGCAGGCGAGGACGCUGCACAACGCCCUGCAGGCCCAGGCUGACAAGCUGUCUCUGCAGAAGCAAGUGUUGGAGAAAGAGUUGGACACUCAGAAAGAGAAGCUGAAGUGGACGGAGGGACAGUUGAAGGAAAGCCAGAAGAAAGAGACGCAGACACAAGCCAAACUGACGGAAGCGGUGCGUGAGGCGGAGGGUGUGGCUGUGAGCCUGGAGCAGAGCAGGAAGAGGGAGCGAGCUCUGGAGGAGGAGGGGAGGAGGCUGGUGGAGGAGCGAGCCGACACCCUGCGUCUCCUCAAAGAACUACAAGAACAAAAAUCUGCUCCACAACCCGUCCAGUUUUGCCCGGUCGUUCAAAGUUUUCCACCUCAGUCUUCAGUUUCUCAUUCUCCUCGACCUCCUGCCCACACCAAGAGGUCUGCUGCUACACGACCUGACCAGAGGAGGGAAGAAGAAGACAAAGAGCGCACAGCACCGUACCCUCCUGACAGAGAACCAGGAGAAGGAAUAGACUCUGAACACAUCAGUGUCAUUAUCUCCCCAGACACUGAGUGUUUACGAAGAACAGGGCACAGAAGGAAGAGUAAUGAAGAGGAGAACGAGAGUAAUAAUGAGACGAUGAAAAGUGACAUCUCUGGUCCAAACAACAGCGGUUCCUCUCACUCUGCUGACGACAUCCCCAUCAAACCCUCUAUGGAUGGUGAUCGCGUGACAGAUCCCGACUGCAAACUGACGCAAACUCUGAUGCUUUCUGCCGAAAAGACACCUUCUCUCACGUCCGAGCACCCCGCCCCCUCCGAAGACCUCAAGAGGGAGAACGCCAUGCUGCAGUCUGAGCUCCAAGAUGUGCGUCAGGAGCUCCAGAAACGACUAGAAGACCUCGAGUCCCAACGACGGGCUGAGGCAGAGGCCAGGACUCGUCUGAAACAGCUCAGCCGCAAACAAGCCAGCCAGGCCGUGGAGAGGGAGGAGAAAGACAAGGAGUGGAAGACUCAACUGGAGAGUGAAAGGGCCGAGGCAGAAAGGCUGAGGAAGGCCGUGUCUGCUCUGGAGGUCGAGAUAAAGAGAAGAAGCAAUGAAAGAGACGAGGAGGGGGGAGAGGAGAAGGAGGAGGAGAAAUCUAAGGAACUGGAAGACAGGGAGACUGAAAUGAUAGAGCUCAAUAUCCAGCUGAAGAAGCAGCUCGUGGAGGUGAAAGCACAGCUGGCUUUGGAGCGCGAGGAGAGAAACCAAAUGUCAAACUUAGACAUCGAUGAAAAGAAGGAGCUGAGCACGAAAGUGGCAGAACUUACUGCAGAAGUAGAAAACUUAAAGCAGAUACUAAAAGAAAACUCACAAGAAGAGGAGAGUCUCUCGGACGCCAACAGCCCUCUGACGUACCUGACUCUACACGACGACGAGCUCAACUCCAACGUCGUCGUCUGCUGCGACGACAACCUCCUCCCUUCACCAGAGCGGCACCUCCGCUUCUGCCAGUCCACCAACCAACGCAACGUGCAUGUGUCUCGGGCAGACCUGAUUCAGGAGGACCAGAGUGUGAUAGACGAUGAGCACUUGCCUCUGUCGGGUGAUGAUCAAACGGGUCAAGUGGUCGCUGACCUGGAGGACACCAGACAAAUCAGAGGCGGUGAGCUUGUUGCCUCUGAUUUGUCAAAAGAGGUGGAGCGGCUUCAGAAGGAGUAUAAAACGGAGAGGGAGCGUGCUAACCAGUACCAGGUUAAACUGGAGGCCCUGCAAAACCAGGUGACACGUCAGACCCAGCAGCUAACGAUGGCCUUCGAGAAUCAGAGUCUGCACAUCUCAGGUCUCCUGCAAGAGCUGCAAGAGAAGGAGAGCGCCCUCCUCAGCCAAGGAGAGGAACUGGUUCGAUGCAAGCAAGAGCUGGACGGCCUCAAGAAAGAAAAGGAGGAGGAGACGACGCUGACGGUCAAAGAGGCUGGUGAAGACGGAGAAAGAGGGGAACGAGGGGAUGAAAAGGUGGCAGAGAUCUCAAAGAGUCAGGAGAAGGAACGCGCUGUCACCUUUCACUCUACGAACGUAGCAGCACGUGACUCGAAUGCACCGAAAGAUACAAGUCAACGCGCGGUGGGGACACUGGAUGCUGAAAAACCUUCUCCUCGUAGCAGCGAAGCUGACGUAGCGCUGCGGUCAGGAGAACAUCCAGACUCUGUGGACUCAAACAGGACUCAGAGUCACCAUGACUCUGCUGGUGUGAUGGCAGAGGAUCAGUGCAUUCAACAGGGGGAAACAGCAGACAUGGCCACAGAACUGCUCGCUCUCCGCCGGGAAAAUCAGCGACUGAAACAAAGAAUAGAGGCCUGGACUGUCUCAGAAACCACAGGGCCAACAUUACAGUCUCACAGCGAAAACCAAGAGGACCAAAUCAAACAAAGCCAAAGCACCAUGAAAGUGUCCUCCUCGCCAGAGCCAGUGACACGUAGGAUGCAAACCACGACCGAGGGACCCGAGUCGCUCCUGAAGAAUGUGAAGAGGCUUGAAGAUGAAGGACAAGAUUUAGAAGUGGACGAUGAGACAACCACAAGAGCUGAAGAAGAGCUGGACCAAGAGUCUGAGGUCGACAUUGACCACCUGCAGCAACAGGUGGAGGCGCUGCAGAUGAAGAUUCGGGCUCUGUCCGUGGAAACGCAGCAGCAGACGGAGGAGCUCGCUAUGUGGAGACUGGCCUCGCAACCAGCCCCGACGUUUGACCAGUCCGGUCCAAACCAGCAGCAGCAGCAGCAGCAGACAGAUGAGCCGAUCCAAAGUGUCGAGGCUCCGGUUCAGGGACACACUGUGGUCCCUCAGAAGAGCCAGGACAACGUCACAGUCGUCAGAGAAGAUGAGUUAUACCUUAACUGCUCCUCCAACAAGCUGCAGGGUCGCUUGUUGUUCUCAAGACUCCAGAACAGCAUCCAUCCCGACCCAAAGAGUGACUAUCCCUCUAAAAAGAUGGACACUCCCAAGAUUGACCAGGAAUCUGAAAAAGAAAACCAGGAGAUUAACUUCUCACAGCGGUCACACGCCGCUCCAACGCAGCACAAAACACAAAAGAGAGACACUGAGCUCAUCCAGAUGUCACCGGAGAAAACGGCGCCGCUGCACGUAGCCAAAGAUCCUCAGAAAUCAAAUCAGUGUCACGCAGAGAAACUGGAGGCCAAACCAAACUCCUCCAGAGACACGGGUGAAUUAAACACGGCCUCAGACGUCAGGGUAGAAAUGAUAAGUGUCAGCAGUCAAACAGAGGACAGUCUGUAUCCCAGCCGUGUCACAACAGCGUGCGUGAACACACAGACUGAGGAGGAGGAGGAGGAUGAAGGAGAGCUAGUGGAUUCUCCUCCAGUCUCCCCUGUCCCUUUAUCUGAGGGGGCGAAGUCUGGAGAUAAAUUGUUGUUUUCGGGUUCUUUCCCCAUCCCGGCUGACCCGGCUCGUCUGGCUGAAAGAAUCCGUCGCAACAGGACGCAGCUGUCAGCCGCGUUCGACGACACAGAGUAUGAACCCUACGGUCUGCCAGAAGUCGUCAUGAAAGGCUUUGCUGACAUCCCCAGUGGUCCUUCGUGUCCCUACAUUGUGAGGAGAGGUUUGUUGGGGACAACGGUCGUUCCCGUCUCUCAGAAAAACACGAAGGAGGAGGAGGAGACUGAUUAAAGCACAGCAGCAGAUGUGGUGGAAAGAAGGGAUCUUUGAGGACGCCUGACGACUCAGCGCUCUUCAGGACCAAAUAAAGGUUUAAAAAAAAACAAAAAAAAAAAAGCUGCAAUCAGCCGUGGACCUCUGGACGUGUGAGUGCAGGUGACUGGGCCUGCACUGACAAAAUAAUAAACGCCUCCGCCGUGGAUCCAGAGACUUUUAAUGGUCACUAGUUGAUCCUCAGAUUGCUGCGUGGAGACGUAUCCGUUCAUCAUGCUGCCUUCACUCGACGCCCACCUGUAUAUUUAGUUAGAGAAGUGGUGAUUAAAUGAUGCUUGUUGAUGUUUCUUCACUUUCCCGAAGGGAUUGUUUAGUUUUUAGUAACUCGGAAUGAACUUACGAGCCAAGCCUCAGCUUACUUUGAAUGAAACAGUGCCUAGUCGGCGUUUUUCUAAACAAGCACUUGUCAAGAUAAGCUUGACUUGUUUUUCAAAAGGGCGAAGCCAAGAGAGGCCUGUUGUGGAAGCACGAUGUAUAUUUUUUUUCUCGAGGUGGCUUAUUUAUGGACACUUGAAUGUGUUUCGGUAAACGGCAGGUGUUUACAACAAAUGUGUGAAAGUGUGGGUGAGUGUGUGUGUGUGUGAAUAUGAACAUGCGUGUCAUCAUCUUGAUGUUACUGUUUGUAUAUGUGUGUGUGUGUGUGUGUGUGUGUGUGUGUGUGUGUGUGUGUGUGUGUGUGUGUGUGUGUGUGUGUGUGUGUGUGUGUGUGGGAGGGAGCGGGGUGAGGACAUGUCUAUGACUCAGUCUAACCUGCAUUGGUUUCCAAUCCAUGUAUGGUGAUGACACUGAGCUCCCUCUCUCCUCCAGCUCUGCCUCUCUGUCCUGCGUUAACAAGCAGCCGGUGUUGGUUUAACAACGAAUUCACCAAAAACCUGUGAAGCUUUAUUUUGUUCGAACACAUGUGCGACUCAUGACGGACGGGGCGUCGUUGAUUUGAUUAAUUGUGAGAGUUGUGUCUCGCGCCGCAGACGACACCCUCCUGUGUGUAAAUUUAGUAGCCGAGUUUGGAUUUGACGUCCUGUUAAAAGUCGUACCACUUACUUAAGAUUAGCUCACAGGAUACGUUUUCAUGUCUACUUAUAAUAAACUCUGUGUCGUCACAAUUGCCCGAUCAUUAGGUACGCUAGUUAAAAUGAAUGUGUUUGAAUGGAACAGUCCUGCACUAAAUCUAAGCUUUAUAAUAUAAGUUAUGAUGUUGAAACGGUGGUGAUUCACCUUUCGAUAAUUUUAGAGGAUGUAGUGAAACUGGAUUAAGUUAAACACUAAGAGUUUCUGUUAUCUAACCCGUUGUGUAACGUGGGGUUGUCAAAAUUAGUGCGACACAGUGCAGCUCGGUGGUACUAAAAAUGAUGAAGGAAAGAUCGAGCGCAGGACUGUUACAUAAGAACCGAUUGGUUGUAACUGGUGUACCUAAUGAUCUGGCAGUGAAUGUGUGUGAGUGUAUAUUCACAUUAGCUCAUGCACAUGGAAGAGUUACUGGGAGUUCACUUCAAAACCAAAGCUAACGUAACAUUUGGUCGUGGUCACACCAGAAGGUGGAACAGCGAAUUUAAUCUCUGCCUCUAGGAACUUCAGGAUCCUUGUUAUCAGUGACGUGGUUUAGCUGCAUGCUAACAUGCUAACGACUCCACAGUUGGAGAGUUUUCUCUCUCUGCUUCUUUAUCUCCUUGUCUUUUGGUUCACAAACAGUGACGGAAGAGUUCAAAUAAAACCUUCUGAUACUAAGAGUCAGUUUACACAUUUGCAUCUUUUGUGGGACAGUUAUCACAGUUAUCUACGCUCCGAAAGGAGAGGUUAAAUAAAUAGUGCGACGCAAGCUGAUAAGCUUCUGCUGCGUCCUCUGUUUUGGACUUCCUGCCUCCUUAAAACGCUGUCACUGAUGCCUCGACUUGGUGUCAGAAUUGACUCGGGAUUAAAUUUUAUGCUUGUCCACAAAAGCCUGGGAGCAAAACCACUGCUGUGAUUCCACUGGAAUAAAUUGAGCAAAUUAAUGUUGGUGUGACCAGGCCUUCAGCCAAAUCAAACGAGACCAAUGUUCAAGUCACAGUUGUAAAAAAACAAAAUACACAAAAGUUCCUCUUUAUAUUUUUCCAGAAUGUCUUCUACUUGCUGAGCUCUGGUGAUGGAUGAGAGCGAAAAAAGAGACGAGACUAAAAAUCUCAUCCUGUGUGAUUUUUCAGAAGCGUCAUGUUAGCUUUGAUUAUUAACGAUCAGUUACAUUAAAAACCGUUUUAGAAAGUUUAUGAUUUAAGUGACCAUUAACUUUUUUUUAAUUAUAAGUAAAUGAAGCAUGUGAGCGCUGUUGUGAAGACAUUCUUGAAAAAAAUGUGAAUGUUUCCUUUAGAAACUUGUGCUGACCAUUUGUAAAGGUAUUUGUGUUCGGAUUGGAGUGAUUUGGGUGUUUAGUGUUUACAUUUUAUUUAUACUAGUAGACGUAGUCUCCAGGUUGUGGCUUGUUGACUCGGUGGGGACACGGAGGACUGUUGCUGCUCUGAAUCAGUGCCGACGCCGUUCAUCUUCUACACGGACACGCGCAAACAAACACGCCUCACCUCCCUCUCAGCUGCCUUCAUAUCUCUGGGAUCUGUAGUCUUUUGGCGGUCUAACCCCGAGGAGGGAAAACUCACUGUGUAAUUUUAAUUUUUUGCCUUGUUUUGGACACUUUUUAUGUGAACGUAUCUGUGUAUUUGCGUUUGCGGCUACAAUAAAAGGCUUGCUGUUAAUUUAA